AUGACAACCCUUACGUGGAACGAAACACACACUCUUAAUGUACAACAUAAAUACUGUUAUUGCGGUCAAGACCGAAAUCUAUUAGAGAUUUGUCUCCAAUGCAAAUUUUGUCGCAAUUGGUUUCAUUCAAAGUGUACACAGGUCUCCAAUCCCCCUGAUUUAUUGUUCACUACAAAUUAUAGCUUCACAUGCCUGAAUUGCAACAGCGAGAACAACCAAAAAGAAAUCUUUGAACGAACCACGGCUGGUUGGAAAGAUAUCUGCUCCACAACAAUUGCAAACCUCAUUCUAGAAGAUAUCUUGGCUCAUGUUGGCACAGAUCGCCCAGAACUAUUUGACAGCAAACAUUCUCGCCUGAUGGCUCAGUGGUACCCAGAACAAUAUUAUUUUAACAAGAAAGAAAUCAUCCCAUAUGUUGACAAGCAUUGGGAUAGUAUCUGUACAGAACGUAUUCGUACUCCAACUUGGUGGGCAACACUAGGAAGUUGCUUGUAUUCUUCAAAGGAAACGUUUGUGGCGCGCGAUGAACGACAACGAUCGGCUGCUUCUGACUUUUGUUUGGCAGAUGCUAAUCUUUGGCACAUUAGACCCAUUCAAGCAGCAACAAAACCAGUACAGAUACCACGAAUGACAAAGCAAAGAAUGCGAUCCGAUUCAGAUCAACGAGCGAUUGCAUCUACGGCAUCCACAUUAUUACAUCAAUCAACUUCAUCUUCAUCUUCAGCAUCCUUGGCAAUCACCUCCCCUCCCUCUCAAUCCUCACAGUCACAGUCACAAUCACUCCAACUUCCUUCAUCGCCUGCAUUACGAUCCGGAAGAGACGGUUCGAAUGUCAAGUGGAGAUCUGCCACGCCUACGCCGUCCCCAGGCUCAGCAUCCCCGGUGCUGGGUGUCAAGACUGUACCGACCGUGUUCUCGUCCACCUCUACAGACCACCCGUGCAAUCGAUUUGGAUUCAAGUACAUGCCCUGCGAACAAUCGUGUUUGCCACUGGUUGCGUACCAGCAGGCCGACAAUGUGCUGGGUGGGUGCACGAUCAGCAUUGCCGACAAAAGUUCGUAUGUGUCUGUGGCCAAGGACGGCCUGACUGUGACAACCGACCGAGGGUUCCGGAUGUGCCGGGCCAAUGUGGGUGUGAAAGAAGGCAAUUGGUACUGGGAGGCAGUGAUCCAGCGUGCAAACGGGAGUUCUGGUGCACAGGGUCCGCACGUGCGUGUGGGGUGGGCGCGUCGAGAGGCGUGCCUGAACGGGCCGGUUGGAUACGACGCAUACGGGUACGGAUACCGCGACUUGACAGGCGACAAGCUGUUCUGCUCAAGGCCAUCUCCGUAUGGCGAGCCUUUUGCGACCGGAGAUGUCAUUGGUCUCUAUAUUUCUUUGCCACCACGCACCCACUUCAAGAGUCCGGCGCGCAAGAGAAUCCCGAUUGCGUACAAGGACCACCUCUGGUUUGAGGAAAAGGACUUUAGACAGUCAAAGGAGUAUGAGGCCAUGGCAGAUCCUUUUAGAUCGACCGACAAACCUCUCGAUCCACCGCCGCGCACGAUCCCCAAAUCACACAUCACGGUGUACAAGAACGGAGUUUGUCAGGGAGUAAUGUUCGAGGACCUGUUUGACUUUGAGGACUUUGGAAGUCUGCCGGAUAUCAUCAUGGCUCGGCGCAACAAGCGGCGCAAGAAGCAAAAGAAGGAGACUGUGAAUGGAAUCCGAAUGCGUAUGGAAGAAGAUGAAUUUGAUGGCGUGAGGGCGCAGCAGUGGACCGAGGACCCACCCCUUGAAGACGACGGUACACUUGGAUAUUAUCCUGCCGUCAGUGUCUUCCAGGGCGGAAUGGUGACCUGCAACUUUGGACCUGAUUUCCAAUACCCACCUUCACCCACAACCACUAAGGGCGAAUUGUGGAAGCCGAUGAGCCAACGCUAUGAUGAGUAUAUGGCCGAGGAGUGUGUGUGGGAUCUGUUGGAUGAAGUGUCAAGGUCAUCUCGUAAAAAGGAAACACCAAGACAAAAUAGAUAGGCUCGGCCAAUCACAGCCACAGAUCUCGAUAGAGUUUCCAAAAUAAGCAAAACCCACACAAUUCACUGUAUUUAUGAUUAAAUCGCCACUACUAAAAUAAAAAAUAAAAAAAUAACGAUUGACAAAUAAC